UGCCCGUGAAAUUGUAUAAAUAACGCUCAUCGACGAUCACACUUCAUCAUGCCUCUAAAUAUCACAGACACAUCCGUCGUGUUCAAUGGCUCGGUGGUGGAUGCGGGAAUUUUCCUUCGGCCAUGGAACACACUUGAAAAGGCGAUAUUUGGCACUUGGCUCACUAUCUCUAUGAUGUUUUCACUAAUUGGGAAUUUAUUGGUGAUCAUUGUCGUUUUACGCCAUAAAGGGAUGCAAACUCGCACGAACAUGUUUCUGGUAAACUUAGCUAUUGCCGACUUCCUAACGGGAUUACUUUUAGCCCCGUUCUCGCUAACAACUUUAAUUAAAGACAGGUGGAUAUUCGGCGACACAAUGUGCAAUGUGAAUGGCUUUUUCAAUAGUGUUUGUUUGAUAACGUCCAUCCAUACAAUGAUGUAUAUAAGUAUACACAAGUACGUCUCUAUCACUAGACCUUUAAGCCGAAUUCUAAAUCAUUGGAAAAUCCUUAUAAUGUGUCUGACAGCCUGGUUGUGGUCAAUAACCUGUGCUGUUUUGACGUUAUUUAUUCUAAGUCAAGUCGAAAUAAAGCCGGGGGCAAUGCAAUGUGGACCUAAAUAUCCGAAGACCAAAAUACACUACCUUCAUCAUGUGAUAAUUACCGGGUCAAAUAUCGUUAUCCCAUUGGCGGUGAUGUUGUUUGCGUACGCGCGAAUGUACUGGGAGCUCAGGAAACACGCGAUACGACUCCGUCAGAAUACAACGCUGCACUCGGAUCAUAUAUUAGGUCAGCAGAUCCAGGUUACAAAGACGCUGUUUAUGAUCCUUGCGUGUUUCUUCAUCUGCUGGAUUCCCUAUGCCGUCUACUCGAGCUAUGUUUCAAACAUCAAAAACAAAAACGAGAUUCCUGUGUGGACUAAUCCACUUGCGUACUGUUUCAUGUAUAUGAACUCUGGAUGCAAUCCAAUAAUCUAUUGCUGGAGAAGCAACACGUUCAGAGAGGGGUACAAGCAGAUCCUUUGUCAACAAAGUAACUUCGUCGUCAGUGAUGAUACUAUACGGGAUGAUGAUUCGCCGAGUAUCGUAAAGAGGCAAACAACGCUUCUUUACCACUCGUUUAAAAACCUGCGACACUCCCUGCGGAAAUCUUCUAAAAACUCAAGCAUAACAUAUAUUGAUAGACGCUACACCAUUCAUGUUUCUAGUCCAACACAUACGCUACUCCGCAGGGCCACUUCCAGAACCGCGACGGGUAGUUCCAUUAUACAGAAAAACGGGUCUACUAUUAUAACUAAAAAUGGCAAAAUCAUAUCCGUGCGUAGAGAUAUAGACAGAAUGAAAAGAGACAAAAGUUUCAACGGAUAUGAUGACCUUAGAAUGAAACCAGCCAUAGAAGUUUCAAGAAGUUUAUCAGACAUAAAUAUGUUGACCAAAGAAAGAAUUGAACUUAUAAAAUUCCCUAAAAGUGACGACAGUAUUCAUUCAAAAUUUCUCUCACCUCCUGUGGUUCAGAAUGGAUUAGGUUUUGGACAUUCUUCAUUGCGAAAGAAAGACCAUGUUGACAAAACCGAAUCAGAUUUUUAUGCCAUACGCAACAAAGACAAACCAAAUGCAUCCGAUAAAUCACAAUUAAACGGGCAUCAAGGUUGUACAGAAAUGUAACAUGUUUCAAAAAGUGACAGCAUUGCACCUUUGCUCUGCCCUUCUUCCUCAACUAUCUCUCAUUCUGACAAUGUGUUGAAUGAGUAAUCUACAAAGCCUAGAUCGUGGCAUUCACACGACUGUUUGAGCAAAAGCACGCCCUUCGACGUAACUCUCACGAGAUACCUGUCAAAAAGUGUUUGUUGUCUGGAGAGUGAUACAAAUGAAACGCAAGAGAAUGAUGGGCAUGUUAAAGAGAGUACCGAUGAUAUUAAGGGUGCUAUUACUACAAUUUCCAUAGAUAGAAAGGGAGGACAGACCAAUGAGCAUUCCUAGCUGUUUUAGUGAGGCAGCUGUGUCCAUUUAUAAAACUUCAUACCAGGUGUCCGUUUUAUAUACGUAGGUGGCGUUCCAAUCAAAACGUAGUUAACACGAAUUUAGUCUGAAAUAAAGAAUGAAACA